GAAACUGUCACCUGUACGACAAAACACAUGUAUGGGAUGUAUCUAUUUGAUUCCUCAUGCUAGUCCGCCCCGAGGAGAGAAAUCGCCUUGUCCGAAAUACCUUCAUUGCCACGAUUCCCAUUUCUCUCAUACAAGACGAUUGCCCUUGGGCUGAUACAUUGCAAAUACAGGAAUUAGUCGCAGGAUGGCGCAAGUAUGCGAACCAAAAUAGAUCGCGGGAGGUUUGAAGGGUGCGUAGAUGUACCUUGGUGUGGGUGUGGUUCUUGUCGGUGUCUAUCUGGAUCUCGACCGACCCCGAGGGUAAUUGAUGUUGA